UGCUUGAACAUCCUAAAGUGGGCGGGAUAAAAGAAGUGCUCAUUCGUCAUGUUUAUUUUUGGCAUCCAUAUCCGUUCCUCAAUCUAAUCGAUUUGAACAAUUAUUUUAAAACGGUUCUUUACAAAACUCUGCCAGCCUUUAUAAGUAGAAGCUGUACAUCUCCGCUCCCAUUUCACCAAAAUGCAGGCCAAUGGUAUCUGCAACGUAAUUAUACCAGACGCGAAGGACCUAGGGAGAGCGCUGUGCAUCAUCACCGGGGCGUCCAAAGGAUUUGGCCGAACCAUAGCGAAAGAGAUUUCUCUGUUACUUAAACCGAGGUCGGUGCUUGUUUUGGCCGCUCGCUCCGAUGACAAAUUGCGGGAACUCCAGGAAAAUUUGGCUUCGUCGGAUGCGGGCAGGGCAGGGUUGGUAACUCGUUGUGUUGUCGUAGACCUGGGAAUGAAAGAAGGGGUGGAAAGUGUCAUCAGGGCGGCGAAAGAGAUUUCCUCCGAGGAUAUUGAACAUCUCAUACUGAUAAACAAUGCUGCCUCUCUGGGAGACGUGUCGCGCUAUGCCCAGAGUUUCACCAACAUGGCGGAGGUGGACUCCUACCUGUCACUCAACGUAAGCUCCGCCCUCAGCCUGACAGCCGGCCUGCUGCAGGUGUUCCCACGACGACAGGGGCUGCGGCGCUGUGUAGUCAACGUGAGCUCGUUGUGUGCCCUGCAGCCCCUCCCCUCCUGGGUGCUGUACUGCACAGGCAAGGCAGCCCGAGACAUGAUGUUCCGUGUGCUGGCAGAGGAGGAGCCGGACCUUCGUGUACUCAACUAUUCCCCAGGUCCCCUGGACACGGACAUGCAGGUGGAGGCCAGGGACUGCACGGCAGACCCUGGUGUGAGGAAGUCCUUCUCAGUCAUGCUCUCCCAGGGUCAGCUGCUCACCUGUGAAGACUCCUGUGCUAAGCUGAUGAAGGUGCUGCUGGAGGAUGAAUACCCCUCCGGAGCACACCUUGAUUUCUAUGAUCUGUAGGGAGAGAGGGGGGAACUAGAAGACACAGUGUGGCUCAGACUGGAGAUUAAUAUUUCUGGUGUAGGUACAAUUUUAUAGCCAGAACAACUGGUACAGAUUAGUUAGUUCGCGUCAAAGAUGGUUUUGGGUUAAUAAGAUCUAAUUCUAAACCUGUUUUCGAAGGUGGUAAGGAUUGAGUGAACCUUUUACCGAAUCAGGAGACAUGGAGAGAAAGAAGGUUGAAGAUGUUUCUGUCAUCUAAUGCCAUAGGCCUACUGUAGUUACUGAGUUUGGCAAACUAUCCUGAGUCAAUGUUAGGGCCUAACAUUCCAUCCCAUGACAGUACUGUUCUAAUUUGCCUUGGAACUUUUGGUACCAAAAUAGCAUAUAUUAAAGUUCUUUAUCUCAAACAAAGUUUACUGAACUCUAAACUGCAUCUUUUGAUCUGCCAUUUCCUAGUUGUUAGUGGUGCUGAUAUGCUCGUGUUUGUACAAAUGGUCACAGCCUAACAAAACCAAUGAAAUCAAGUGAAGGCCGCAACUUAUUGGGUGAUUUAACGUUGAUUAUUUAUUGUUCCUUAUAUGAUCAUACGUGUAUACUUGAAUGGUGCCUUCUUGCAUUACCUCUGCUUAUAUGUAGAUCUGUUUUUGUAGUAUAGAUGUACCAUUCAAAAACAUUCCUAUUUAUUGAGACCAAAUUUACUGCUGUUAAACAGUAUAGAGCAAUUAUUUUCUCCAAUCUUCCUGUCUGCACUUUUAUUAAUGCCUUUGCUUUUUAAGAGUUGUUGUGCUCUACGUGUGGCAUUUCAUGGAGGUAUUCCAUAUGUUUCAGUGUUGUAGUGAAAUCCUGCACAGAGCCUUCACCGUGCUCUACCACUAACUUCUUCAUGAUUGGUGUGUUCCCUGUGGGACAGUUGCACUAAUGCGAUUAGCAUGAGGUUGUAUGUAACAAAAACAUAUCUGAUAUUGGCAGAAAGCUCACAUUCUUGUUAAUCUAACUGCACUGUCCAGUUUACAGUGACUAUUACAGUGAAAUAACACCAUACUAUUGUUUGAGGAGAGUGCAGUUUUGAACAUGAAAUGUUAUUAAUAAACAAAUUAGGCACAUUUGGGCAGUCUUGAAACCCCCCCCCCCCCCCCCCCCCCCGCCCAAAUGCAAUGGUUCAUUGGAUCAGUCUAAAACUUUGCAUACACCGCUGCCAUCUAGUGGCCAAAAUCUAAAUUGCAUCUGGGCUGGAAUAAUACAUUAUGGCCUUUCUCUUGCAUUUCUUUGUAUUAUCUUUUACCAGAUCUAAUGUGUUAUUCUCCUACAUUCCUUUCAUAUUUCUACAAACUUCAUGUUUCCUUUCAAAUGGUACCAAGAAAAUGCAUAUCUUUGCUAGAGGCAGUUCGAUUUGGGUAUGUCAUUUUAGGCGUAAAUUGGAAAAAGGGAGCCGAUCCUUAAGAGGUCUUAAGAGCGCACCAGCUAUCAAGAAGGAGGAUGUAAAUGUUUCUUCUGUGUGUGUGAGAGCUCUCGGUUGGCGCGACAGACAAACCAACGGCAUAUUGGACAGACAGGCAGAUGAGUGCAACUGAGACGGAAGUUAACAGCCAAGACCGUUCUGUCUGUCGCGCUCUCUCUCUGUGCUUUACACUGGAGUGGACUUUUUAAGUGUUCAGUGUGGUUGGGAACGGUAAAUGCGCUGUUGACAUUUUCGUUAAAUAGAGAGUGUGCAUUUGAGUACUGUAUAUUGCUUAUAAUUGUUGUAUUCUCAUGUAACUGUAUGGGUUGAUUUGUGUAUUGGCUUAAAAUACUUGAGCCUUUUUUUUUACCCCCUUUUUCUCCCCAAUUUCGUGGUAUCCAAUUAUUAGUAGUUACUGUCUUGUCUCAUCGCUACAACUCCCAUAUGGGCUCGGGAGAGACGAAGGUCGAGAGCCAUGCGUCCUCUGAAACACAACCCAACCAAGCUGCACUGCUUCUUAACACAGCGCGCAUCCAACCCGGAAGCUAGCCGCACCAAUGUGUCUGAGGAAACACCGUACACCUAGCGACCUGGUCAGCCACAGGAGUCGCUAGUGCGCUGAAAGACGAGGAUAUCCCUACCGGCCUAACCCAGGCAACGCUAGGCCAAUUGUACGUUGACCCAUGGACCUCCCAGUCACGGCUGGCUGCCGAGCCUCUGGUGGCACAACUAGCACUGCAAUGCAGUGCCUUAGACCGCUGCGCCACGGGGAGGCCCACUUUGGGGACAUUUUAAAGGCCUUUUAUGUAUUGAAUCACACACACCCAUUAAUGUAACCCACUCCCUCUGUCAGGAAUACAGAUGGACAUGUAGUGUAGUGUAUGUGGACACCCCUUCAAAUUAGUGGAUUUGGCUAUUUCAGCCAUAUCUGUUGCUGACAGGUGUAUAAAAUUGAGCAAUCCGCCAUGCAAUCUCCAUUUACAUACAAUGACAGUAGAAUGCCCCAUACUGAAGAACUCUGUGACUUUCAAUGUGGACCCAACAAGUCAGUUCAUAAAAUUUUGGCCCUGCCAGAGCUUCCCCGGUCAACUGUAAGUACUGCUAUUGUGAAGUGCAAACAUCCAAGAGCAACAAUAGCUCAGCCGCGAAGUGAAAAUCAUAUAAAAUUACAAAAUUCCUGCAGUUUAUUUUUAUUUGGAAACUAAUAUUAUACUUGUUUGACUGCUUACAUUACAGUAUUCAUAGUUAUUCUGCUGUUAUGAAGUCAAAUGCUUUGUGGUAUAAUCUUAGAUUCACAGAUGGUGUUGCAUAGUUUCCUACUCAGCUGAUCAGUGUUUCGUUUCUGCAGCAACAGACCAGUCAGACCUUUGAGUACAACAGGACAAAUAGGGUAAAUGCUCAGAGCCACUGUCUUAAGUCUCUCCCAUCUUCACCUUCCAAAGAACAUUUGCCAGGAGCUACAUGUGACAGGCACACAAAUCCUAUCCUCCUCUCCUCCCCCUUCUGCUUUUCUAACUUCUCUUCCCCCUCACCACUCUCCCACUGUAAACAGUCUUGUCUUCACAAGGCUGUGUAAUCCCAGAAGCAUCCUUGCUUCUUUUGGGUGGUGUUCUUUCAGAGUAUUAAUCACCCUGUGAAGUGAAAGGGAAAAUAUGACCCAUGCAGCAUAUAUUCAAAAUGUAUGUCAUUGUCAAGUCCUGGUUUGUUGAGACAGAAUAUUACAGCAUUCAAUAAAUCAUGACUUUCAAUGAG